CUCACUUUGACCUCACUCUGACCUCCUGCGCAGACGCAGCCUGCGAGCUACGAACAAAAUGAUGAUGACGAUGACGACGAAAUCGACGACGAUGACGACGACGAAACCUCGGAGAGCAGCAUCGAAUGCACCCUCGAGAUCACUGCCUCGCCUCCGGCCACUCCGACUUCCUCGACGUCUCACCCGGAUUCCAAGGCGGCCCAAGAGUCCCCGUCCUCCACACGCGUCAACCAGGGCUCCAUGCUCUUCAUCGACGAGGAUGCCACAACAGUGAAGGAUUCGGACGACGAUACAAGCUUCCAGUUCAAGGGCGACCAGGCGAAGGUGAUGACCAUUGGGGAGCUCUCGGAUGAGACGCCGAAGGAGGAGGAAGUCCCAGAAACCAGGGAGGGGAAGGAAUCCAGUUCUGACGAGGAGGAGGAGAUCGAUGUGGUGAACGUUUCUGCGGUAGAGGUGGAAGAACCGGAGUCUCCAGUCGCUAUUCGCUCCAGGAGUCCCGAGGAGAAGUCUGAGGAUGCUACAGGAGAUGCCGAGCCAGAGGCAGAAGCUAAGAGCGACACUGAUACCAGCGACGAUAAGGAGGCCAAGCCAGAGGCCGAGGUAGAGCAGCCAGCCUCCAAAGACGAAGAAGUUGAAGCAGAGGGCGAGAAGGAGAGCCAGCCCGACGACGCUCCAGCCCAAAAGCCGGAGGAGAUUCAAGAAGACGGACAGAAGGAGGAUGCCCAGAAGGAAGACGCUAAGGAGGAAGCCCAAGAGAAGGACACCCAGGAGGAGGAAGUCCAGAAGGAGGCCGUCCAGGAGGAGGAAGCCCAGAAGGAGGCCGUCCAGGAGGAGGAAGCCCAAGAGAAGGACAUCCAGGAGGAGGAAGCCCAGAAGGAGGAAGGCCAGAAAGAGGACGCCCAGAAGGAUGACAAACCUUCACCAGAAGCCAAGGACAGCUCCGACACCGACGACGACUUCAUCGAGCUCCGCGAAGAACGGGAUUCGGUGCAGGACGCCCGCCGAAUGACCGCACAGACGAUGGAGGAUUUCGUUACACAAAGAUCACCAGGAGAUUGUGUAGGAGGAGCUAAGAAGAAGAAAGAAGAUAUAACGCGGAUAAACAACGAAGCAAAGGGUAGAGACAGUGAAAGUGAUCGAGCAGACAGAGUUGAAAGUGUAGAAAGUGUAGAAAGUCAGAAAGAAGUGAAUGGUGGAAACAAAGACGUGACGAUGAUAGACACACCGCCGCCAGCCAUUGUCAUUAGCCGCGCCGAUUCUGAGGACGUCGGAGAGGAGGAGGAAGCGAAGGAUAAUGUUUAUAACGAAAAAUCAAGCGAAGGAGAUGGAGGUCCACAGGAAGAUUCGCAGAAAGAACAUGAAGAUGGAAGAGAAGAGGAUGUAAAGAGAGAAGGAGAAGCUUCUUACGACGACGGAAAGGAGAGGACAUUGAGCGGCUCAAUUUUGCCGGAGGAACUGUCGAUGAUUUCCAUCGAGCGGCGCGCUGACCCCGAAGAACUGGAGGAGGCAGAUUGCUCGCUGAUUACCCAGUGGUCGUCGAGGGACCGAGCGAGCGACAGUGACGACGGCAACGACGGAGUCCGGGAGGCUGGACCGCGACGGGGAUCGCCGGUCGAGGAGGACGAUCAGCAAGCCGUGUCUUCCACUUACAAGCGGUUGGGCGAUGAAAUCACCUUCGACAGCCCUCCUCUGACGCCCAGAGAAGAAGUCGACAUCAAGUACGACUCCACGACGCCGCUCGACCCCAUCAGCGAGAUGGACGAGAGCGACGAGGACGGCGAGGCGGCGAGCGAGGCGGUUCCGUCGAGGAUGAAGUCGAAGCUCUCCUCGGCCAUGAACGACCUCCUCUCGAUCGGCCAGGACGACUCGGCCGCGGACGACGCCGUUCCAUCCGAAGCGACAGAAGCCGCCGGCGUCGAAGAGAAGGAAAAAGCCGUUGAGGAAGAGGAAAGCGGAAGCAGAUCGAAAUCAGCGGACGAGGGAAGCGGAGGCAGCUCAGAAUCGGAAGAGGAAAGUGGAAGCGACUCGGAAUCGGACGAAGGCGACAAAGACACCGAGAAAGACGCCAAGAGGACGCCAGCAGAAGGCGACGACGCACAGGCGAGCGGCGAGCCCCCAAAGGAAAGGGAAAAGAAGCGCGCCAAACGGGGACGCAUCUCGAAGAAGAAGAAGGCAAGCCCCAUCCACCUAGCGGGGGCGCUGAGGACCUUCAGCAACCCCAUCAGCUACUUAGGAGGCCCCACCAUCGAAUACGAAGAGGUCAAGGAAGGCAGAGAACGCCAGGACAGCGUGACGUCCAUCACAUCUCUGGACUAGGAAGCAUCUCUUCCCAUUGUGGAUUCUUCAUUUAUUGCAGAUGACAAAAAAUACGUCACAAAUAGAUAAUGAUUUACAUGAACCUCAGAUUCUGUCACUGCUUUGUAGUUCAAAAAAUACUGUCAUUUGAUUGUUCAGUGUUUAUUUGUUUUCGUUCCUGUUUUUAUUUUUUUCCUUAGACUUGUACAUAAUAUUAAUUCGAAUGUAGAUAAAGACAAACCAGUUGUUAUGAAUAAUGGGAUUCGUUUUUCUUUUUCUUUUUUCUUUGUAAAUGUGUUUCUUUCGAAGGAACGAUUGUUUUGGCAUUUCUGAUCACAUUUCAUUAUAUAAGGCAUCUUUGGUGUGAAUGUGUAGUUGCUUGGCCUAAUGAUAUUGCGAAGCUAAUAAAAUGUGUCUGUGGUCACAUUCAUUUCA